ACCGUUGCAAACUCCAAUCCCUUCUAAUAUCAAAUCUACAAAGAAGAAUCCCAUUUUUUCUGAUUCAACUCUCUCUCUUUCUCUGCAAAAACAGAGCCAGAAAGUCGAGGAAACCUUCAAGCUUUUAUUAAAAAAUGGCAGAGACAAGUGACUCUCUGCGGCAAAUCCACCAGCCAAAUCCUGCUUUGCAAUCUCUUUUUCAUUCCCUUGACCCUAUUUCUCUCAUUCUUUCUCAAAAUUCAAGCCCCAAUAACCCAAUUCCUUUGAGGCUUACAACGGAGAGUUAUAUCAUGGAAAGAGGCCCAAGAUACAGAGCAUAUGCAGAGUUGAGAGAAACAAAGCUGAGGAUGAAGAGUGCAAAGCAACAAGAAAGUGAAGAAAUUGAAUUUAAACGAACUCCAACGAAGAAACAAGUGAAGUUUUGUCCAAGUUUGGGGAGUUCUAGGAAAGGGUCCUCCAUAUUGGCUCAAUCAGUGCCUGAUUUUUCAGCAACUUUGAGGAAAGAGAACAGAAAGCCGGCUACCAGUGGGAUCGAAUUGACACCACCAACAUCGAAGAAUUGGUCGAAAGGGAAUGGGGUUCCGUUGUCAAAUUCACGGGGGAGUAAGUCUGCAAAUGCAGGGGAGAAGAAAGGAGGGUUGAUGAUGGCUAGGAAGAGUUAUGCUAGUGUUGUAGAAUUGAGAGGGAUUUCAAUGGCUGCAGCGAAUGCUAUUUGUGGUGAAAACAGGGGAGGGAAGAGUAGUGGCAGAGUUGUCGGUAACAACAAAACUGUUUUGGGGUAUAGACAGUUUUGAGAAAAAAGCUUUGAAUUUCAUUUCAUUUUGGUUUUUCUUGAGUUUCUUGAUUGGAUUUGUUUUUUUACAAGGAUUUGAUUACCUAUUACCACGUCAGAGAGAUUCGAGGCUAUGAAUUCUUUUCUUGCUAAGUUUGUUUUCUAUUGUAAAGCUCUGGAUGAAAUCAUGUUUUUAACAUAUAUGAUUAGUAAUAUAACUAGAGGAUUCUAUUGAA